AUGGUCGUUUGCAGGGAGGUAAUGUUGGCUCCGGGCUCUGCCAUUUGCCCGAGUUUUGUUUACAUUCUGAACCUGCAGCUGAUGUGCGCCUUCCGUGGCUUGUGUGUCCGACCUGCUUUAGAAAUCCCCGUUGACAGCGAGGGUCGAGUCCCGCGGAUCACCGAACACCCGACCAACUGGACCGUCCCGAGGAACGACCCCGUCACGCUCAACUGCGACGCCGAGGGCAGACCCAAUCCUAAAAUCACCUGGUAUAAAGACGGCGCCCCUGUCAAGCCCUCGCCCCACCGGUUCAUCCUACCCACGGGCUCGCUCUUCUUCCUGAGGGUCUCCCAGAGCAAGAAGGAGAACGAUGCCGGGGUGUACUGGUGCGUGGCGAGCAAUAGGCUGGGCAGCGUCAAGUCUGCCAACGCCUCCCUACAGAUUGCUUUUCUCCGUGACGACUUCAGAACGUCACCGACGGGGGCGCGGGUGGUGGCGGGGGAGAGGGCGGUGUUGGAGUGCUCGCCACCCAAAGGUCACCCAGAGCCUCUUGUCUCCUGGACCAAGGACGGCCACACUCUGGCCCUAGACGACAGACCAUCACCCUAG